GACAACGCUCAACGUAUAUCGCAUGACCUUUCUAAAUACUGAUCACUGAUGAUGAAGAGUCAAGACUCUCUCUCUUUCUCUCUCUCCAAGCCCGGCUACUGCUGCUAUUCUUCUGCUGAGGUUCUAAUGCAAUUCUCUUUGGAGGAUUCUCUGCAAAGAGUGCAUGCCAUGGCAGUGUAGUGUUUUUGUUGUUUGGGUGUGUGAAGAACCCUAUGCAGGCACGAGGGACCUAAUUCCUGAUUUGAAUAUUUUGCCGAGGUCUGGGUGGACAUUAAUUGAAGGCUUUUGCGCUUGUUGGAGAGGAAUUACUUGCACUUUGUUGGUUAUUGCCUCUUUGGCUGAGGAGUUUAUUGGUCUUUUUCUUUUGCAAAAUCUUGGCUGCUUAGAUUGUUUAUCAUCCCAGGAAAGGUAAUAGCUUUUUAGUUAUUACAGAGCUUUAUAUCUGAAGUGGUGACUCUCAAAUUUGUAUGAUGCUAAGAAUGCUUGGUCCACUGUAAACUUAAGUUGCUGUUGAAGUUCUAGAACCCAGAAAGAAAGAUACCAGGACAAUCCAUUGUCAAACUUGGUUUCCAAGUAGAGUUGGCUGCCGACCAAACUGAGGGAGUUUUUAAUCGCUAUAUUAAUGGAUAAAAUUCAGAACACAGUUUAUUAUUGUUGCGUUUCAAGGGGUAACAGAGUUUUGUACACGUAUAGUGGUGGAGACCAUGAAGUUGAGAACUUGGCUGUUUUGUGCUUGGAAAAGACUCCCCCGUUCCACAGGUGGUAUUUUGAGACAAUGUGUAAAAGAACUUUUGGGUUUUUUAUGGAAGAUGGGUAUGUGUAUUUCACAAUUGUUGAUGAGAGUCUAGGUAACUCAGGUGUACUUAGAUUUCUAGAACGUGUGAGAGAUGAAUUUAAGAAGGUUGCUAGAAAAGGUUCAAGGGGAAGUUUUUCAAGAAUGAGCUCAAUUGGCUCACAGGAGCAGUUAGUGCCUAUCAUCAGGCGCCUGAUCACUGCAUUGGAGAAUGUUUCUCAUGGUGGCAGUGAUUGGACUGGUGAAACACCCUCAUCACUUCAUGUAGGUCUGUCUCCAUUACCAAGUAAUGUAAACGGACAAAUUGAACCUGGUAGUUCUACAAAAUCCCCUUUGUUGGGAAAAUCUAGCAAGCAAGAUAAGAAGAAGGCAAAGGAUAGUGUGGUUGCAAUAAGAGACAUUGAGUUGGAGGAGAACCGAAGAUCUACUGAUAGAGUCGUCAAGGUUGAUUUGGACAGUCUGAAUUCUCAUAAUCAAGGUGGGGUAGGUUCCUCGGUCUCACUACAGAAGGAUUUAGGUUCUAUGAGGAUUAGAUCAGGCUCUCAAAGCAUUCGAAAGAAGUAUUGGCGUCAAAUACGGAUUGUUCUUGCCAUUGACGCAGUUGUCUGUAUAAUACUGUUCGUGAUCUGGCUAUCAAUCUGUCGUGGUUUUCAUUGCCAUCAUUAAAAGGUUUGUUGCUUCUGUCAGAUUUUAAAGAUUAGUUGAAGUUUCAAAGUUUAGUUUGAAAAUGGCACCAUCAUGAUUCGAAGAAUAGGCUCGUGCAGAUAGUGAAUGAGGGAAAGCCACGUGCUAAUCUUGUGAUGAAAUUUUUAGUGUAUAACUGAAGGUAUGAACCAGGAAACUCACUGUCUUAGUUUUUGUAUAUGUAUGUGAAUUAUUUGUAAGAUUAUGAAGUUGUUGGUUUUAAUGAUUCUAUAUUUUGAUUGCUAAGACAGAGAUAUGUUCUAACCUCCAA